CAUCCAUCCAACAGUCAUCAGUUUGAAGACUGUGACUUCCACAAGGGAUAGCCAAAUGAGGUCGCGCAUCAUCCAGUAUGCGGUAGUGGUCCAAAGGCGACAAGCAAGUACAUCAUCGCGCAAAGACAACAUUCGCAAAAAGGAGCCUGUAUUAGGACUGGAGCACUUUAUUCAACGAAGCAAAACACUCGGACUAUGGCGUGAGAUCAUGCGCGCCGUCUACCGAAUUCCUCCAUCGCCAACACGAGAGGAAAUGAGACGAUUUGCGCGAGCAGAGUUUGAACAGCAUAGACAUGUCACGGAUCUCCAACACAUUCGUUACCUAGUGUCGAGCGGCAAGACGCAGCUUGAUGCCAUGAAAAGAUACAUUGAUGAACAAGUGAGACGAUAAAAGCGACCACUCUCCUUGCACUUGGGGCAACGCCGAAGGAACCAUCGAUCAUAGCAUGGACGGACCACGCAGUCUGACGCGGUCUAUUUCGCCGCCCCCGGUCGCAACGCACAGAAAGACCAGAACCGAUCUACGGUCGAACAAAGCACGAGAAAGACCUAGAAUGCGAAGCGCAGACUUGAAUAUAUCUGAACUGGCUGCCAUCGAGGCUGGAAAGGCCAUAGUUCACAAUCACCUCGACUAUUUCUCACGUCAACUGGCGCAGGUGGCUAAGCCGGUCACGAACCAAAGCGAUCCACGACUGUCCAUCGGAGACUAUACGGAAUUAUACCGCCGUAAUUCUCAUUCCCACGGUCGUCACUUUGUCAUCCACCAGCACAAUCAUCCGAUAGCAGGCUGUCACUACGACCUGCGCCUUCAAUUCUCGGAGACAAGCUCCUGUUCAUUCGCAAUACCCUCCGGCCUGCCCGGUAAUCCCAAUUCGCAACGACAAGGUCGUAUGGCGAUCGAGACGAGAGUGCAUACUCUGUGGAACAGCCUAAUUGAAAGUGCUAGCCAUGCCACUGGCAGCCUGCUGAUCUGGGACACGGGCGAAUAUGAGGUUCUUCCCCGCAAAGCGUUGGGCAGGGAAGCUUUGACGACGGACGACGAGCUCUCCGAACACGAGCUAACCGCAGGUGAUGCGUCAAGUAAAGAACGUCAUGAAAACGAGAAGCUUAUGGAGGCUUUCAAAGCUCGAUAUAUUAGACUCAAGUUGCAUGGCACUCGGCUUCCAAGAGAAUACACGAUAGUUUUGCGUCUACCCUCUGCAAACGAUGUGGUUAAGCAUCCAAGACCUAUCCGCCUCCGCAAGCGAAAAUACUCAAAAUCCACCAACAUCAGUGGUGGAUCAGUGCAGGUGGAACAGGAUCUGGAUAGACUCGUCAACGAUGAGGCCGCCCUAGCUUCCGAAGACGACGACUGCGAUGCCGAGAUCGAGUCCAUCCGUGCCAACAAUGCAUAUACCGGCGCUGAGAAUACUAUUGGUUCAGUCCAUCAGCGCCGGUGGUUUAUCACGCUGGACAGGAGGCAUUCGGGCUUCGUCAAAGAAGGUCGGACGUGGGUUAGAGCAGGCCCAGAUCGCGGAUUUGAAGCCUUCUACGUCCGAGGUGCCGACGUAGAGAGAAGCGUUGUCACUGGACGGACAAGCGCAGAAGUCAUGGCGGACGAGGGCGUUGAGGGAUUUGUUCCGAGGAAGAAAUGGAGACCAGUAUUAGAAUAGAAAGCCGCCAGGCUAGUAUGCUAGUACCAUGUAUUUUUAUUACAUUUGACAGUCCAAGACACACUUCUCAAGCUAGAAA